CAACCCAACACUUGUUUGACCUUCCCUAUACCGCUCAUCUCUGUGGCCAUUGUUAUCAUGACAACGCCUGAGUACCUCACAGGCAACACGGAGGCCAUUCGUCGAUUCAUAGACAAGUAUGAUGUCUUCCUAUUCGAUUGCGAUGGCGUCCUCUGGUCUGGCGACCACCUCUUCCCCGGCGUCGUUCCCACACUGGACCUCAUACGCAAAAAGAACAAGCAAGUGGUCUUCGUGACCAACAACUCGACCAAGUCAAGGCAAGACUACAGGAAGAAGCUGGAGAGCAUGGGCAUUCCUGCAACUGUGGAAGAAGUCUUUGGCUCGUCAUACUCUGCAAGCAUCUACAUCUCACGGAUCCUUCCACAACAUCAUCCACAACUGAAACAGAAGAACAAAGUCUUCGUCGUCGGCGAGGCAGGUAUUGAAACCGAGCUGAAAGCCGAGGGAAUAUCACAUAUUGGCGGCACAGAUCCUGCAUAUAGGCGUGAAGUAACUCCCGAAGACUACAAGCUGCUGGCUGCUGGGGACCCGUCAGUGCUAGAUCCAGAUGUCGGCGUCGUGCUCAUGGGAUUGGACUUCCACUUCAAUUACCUGAAGAUGUGCUACGCCUAUCACUAUAUCAAGCGAGGAGCACUGUUUCUCGCCACAAAUACCGACUCGACCCUUCCGUCCGCAGGAACCCUCUUUCCCGGCGCGGGGUCCAUGUCUGCUCCACUGGUCAAGAUGCUGGGUGGUCAGGAACCCAUGGCAUUCGGAAAACCGAACCAAGCCAUGAUGGACGCUAUCGAGGGCAAGUUCCAGUUCGACAGAAGUAAGGCAUGCAUGAUCGGCGACCGCGCCAAUACCGAUAUCAAAUUCGGCCUGGAAGGUCAACUUGGAGGCACUUUGGGCGUUUUGACGGGCGUUGCAACCAAGGAAGAGUUUCUGGAAGGCGAUACACGGCCGCACUAUUACGUGGAUAAGCUGUCAGAUCUGCUCGAAGGUGCAGAGGCAUAAGACUAUGGUGAGGAGGUGGACAGUGCUACCUCAAGAGGAGACCAUGAUAGACUACUGAGGAGAGCGGACGCCUUGAUAGAGCGAAAGAUGCAUCAACCUACGCCACGGGCGACAGGACAGGGCGAACAUCGACCCAUAGACAUCAGUAGACCUUACAUUUUAUAUCAUCACUCGUCAAUGCAUAUGCAUACACUUUAC